CUGCCAAUAUGGCGGCGCCCAGAGUGACUCGCGGGGCUUCGUUCGUGCAAUGCUUUGGGGAAUGAGGCAGAAGCGAGCUGCGGGCCAGAGCCUGUGAGCAGGUAACCCCCAGCUGGGGCUCAGGAGGACGAGAGACAGGCCCUGCUUAGCCCCAAUCACUAGGGGCAGGAGGUGAAGUUGUGGACUGGCCCCGGCAGUCCCUUGCAGUUUUCCAAACCCGGAAAAGCUCCGAAAUUCUAAUUUUCAGUUCUUUCUGCCGUGGACCCUGUUGACAGCUCCGAAUUCUUGCUCAGAGAAACGCACAUCUUCACAUAACUUUGAAUCCUCCUCUACUCCUCGCCUAACCCCGGUCCCUAAAUCUUCACUCCGGAGUUGGGGGUUUGGACCUAGUCAAAGAUCAUGCAGUAGUACAUCUGGAUCCACAGUAUAUUAGGGCCUGUCCGUCCUCAGAAGUCAUCUGGAUCUACCACCUUACAGGCUCACAGCUUUAGAGAAGGGUCUUCCCUCCUGAAGAAUGGCGUCAGCUUAUCAGAGGCUGAGUUUUUAUGCCUCUCCUCUGAGAAGGCAGCUCAUUUGUGGGCCACCUGUCAUCCAAUGGGAAAGAAGAAUAAUUCCAGGGUGUGCCAGAAGUAUUUACAGUGCUACAGGGAAGUGGACGAAGGAGUACACACUGCAGACAAGAAAGGAUGUUGAGAAGUGGUGGCAUCAACAGAUAAAAGAGCAGGCGUCCAGAAUUUCAGAAGAAGACAAAUCAAAGCCCAAAUUCUACGUGCUCUCCAUGUUCCCAUACCCUUCUGGCAAGCUGCACAUGGGCCAUGUACGAGUCUACACCCUCAGUGACACCAUUGCACGGUUCCAGAAAAUGAGAGGCAUGCAGGUUAUCAACCCCAUGGGGUGGGAUGCAUUUGGAUUGCCUGCCGAAAAUGCUGCCAUCGAGAGGAAUUUGCACCCAGAAAGCUGGACUCAAAGCAAUAUUAAAUACAUGAAGAAACAGCUUGACCGCCUCGGCCUGUGCUUCAGCUGGGACAGGGAAAUCACUACCUGUUUGCCAGAUUACUACAAAUGGACUCAAUACCUGUUUAUCAAACUCUACGAAGCUGGUCUGGCCUAUCAAAGGGAGGCUUUGGUUAACUGGGAUCCAGUGGAUCAAACAGUGCUGGCCAAUGAGCAAGUGAAUGAAUAUGGCUGUUCAUGGCGUUCUGGAGCCAAGGUGGAGAAGAAAUACCUCCGACAGUGGUUCAUUAAGACAACUGCAUAUGCAAAGGCCAUGCAGGAUGCGUUGGCAGACCUCCCAGAGUGGUAUGGAAUAAAAGGCAUGCAGGCCCACUGGAUUGGAGACUGUGUAGGCUGCCACCUGGACUUCACAUUAAAGGUUGAUGGACAAGACACAGGAGAGAAACUGACGGCAUACACAGCCACCCCUGAGGCCAUUUAUGGCAUUUCUCAUGUGGCCAUUUCUCCUAACCACAGGCUUCUACAUGGCUGCAGUUCUCUGAAGAAAGCCUUGCAGAAGGCAGUAGUCUCUGGCAGAGAUUGCCUCACACCAGUGGUGGCUGUGAACAUCCUCACCCUGCAGGAGGUCCCCAUCGUUAUCAAGGCCAAGGAUGACUUAGAAGGUUCUCUAGAUUCAAAAAUAGGAAUCCCCAGCACCAGCUCAGAAGACACCAGGAUAGCCCAAACCCUGGGCCUGCCCUACUCCAACGUCAUUGAAAUUUCAUCAGAUGGCACAGAGAGACUGAUCAGAUCUGCUGAGUUCACAGGUAUGACCCGGCAGGAUGCCUUUCUAGCCCUGACAGAGAAAGCCCGUAGGAUGAGAGUGGGUGGAGACGUGACAAGUGAUAAACUGAAAGACUGGCUGAUCUCAAGGCAACGCUACUGGGGCACACCGAUCCCCAUUGUCCACUGCCCGUCCUGUGGCCCCGUGCCUGUGCCGCUGGAAGACUUGCCUGUGACUUUGCCCAGCAUCACAUCUUUCACUGGCAGAGGAGGCUCCCCACUGGCCUCAGCUUUGGAGUGGGUGAACUGUCCCUGCCCAAGGUGCAAGAGAUUAGCUAGGAGAGAGACGGACACCAUGGACACCUUUGUGGACUCUGCAUGGUACUACUUCAGAUACACUGACCCUCACAACACUCAUAGUCCUUUCAGCCCAGCACUGGCAGACUUCUGGAUGCCCGUGGAUUUGUACAUCGGAGGAAAAGAGCAUGCUGUCAUGCACUUGUUCUAUGCAAGAUUUUUUAGUCAUUUUUGCCAUGACCAAAAGAUGGUAAAGCACAGGGAGCCUUUCCAUAAAUUGCUAGCCCAAGGCCUCAUCAAGGGACAGACAUUCCGCCUUCCAUCUGGACUGUGUCUGCAGAGGGAGGAUAUAGACUUCACAGGUCCUGCUCCUGUUUGUGCAAAAACAAAAGAGAAGUUAGAGGUGACGUGGGAGAAGAUGAGCAAGUCCAAACACAAUGGGGUAGACCCUGAGGAGAUUGUGGCACAGUAUGGGAUUGACACAAUCCGACUCUACAUCCUCUUUGCAGCCCCUCCUGAGAAGGACAUCUUGUGGGAUGUAAAGACCGAUGCACUUCCUGGAGUGCUGAGAUGGCAGCAGCGGCUUUGGUCCCUGACAACACGAUUCAUCGAGGCAAGGACUUCCGGGUCAGUCCCCCAACCUCAGCUAUUGAACAACAAGGAGAAAACCAAAGCCCGAAGCCUCUGGGAGUACAAAAACUCAGUCAUAACUCAGGUAACCACCCAUUUCACAGAGGACUUUGCUUUGAAUUCUGCAGUUUCUCAGCUGAUGGGACUCAGCAGUGCCCUCUUGCAAGCCUCUCAGAGAGUGGUUCUCCACAGCCCUGAGUUUGAGGAUGCUCUGUGUGCCCUGCUGGUGAUGGCUGCCCCCAUGGCUCCUCACAUAACCUCAGAACUCUGGGCAGGCCUGGCGCUAGUACCAAGCAAGCUCUGUGACCAUUAUGCCUGGGAUACUGGUGUGAUGCUUCAGGCCUGGCCCACUGUGGACUCUCAGUUCCUUCAGCCACCGGAUAUGGUGCAGAUGGCCAUUCUGAUCAACAACAAGGCCUAUGGCAAGAUCUCUGUGCCCCAGCAAGUUGCUCUGGACCAGGACAAAGUCCAUGAACUUGUUCUCAAGAGUGAGCUGGGCAUCAGGCUACUGCAGGGGAGAAGCAUCAAGAAGGCCUUCCUCUCCCCCAGGACUGCCCUCAUCAAUUUCCUGGUGCAGGAGUGACCAGGGCUGCAAGGACCCUCCUUUUCUGCCCAGAUCAAGGAAAGGAAUGUUAGCUUAAGAAAAGAGAAAAGAUAAACAUCAGGGGCAUUGGCCUCUGUGCCAGGACAGACUGGAGUCAGCAGGGGCCCAUGUGCUGAGGCCUGAACUUGGAUGAGAAUGGAUGUGGACAAAGAGGAAAGAGGGGAAGAAAAUUCAUUUCGUUGUCCCAUGACCCUCCACUCCCACUCAGGGUGUGAAGCUACCAGAGAUGCUGCUGGGUGGGGGCAAGGAGAAAAGCAAGGCUGGCAGGUAGCCAGGAGCAUCUGCACCUACCUCAGGUACUAUCCAGUACCUCUCAAGGAGUCAUGUAGACUAGAGGAGCCAUUUAAGAGCCUCACAAAGGUCAGGUGUACAGAUGGUGCUGGCUGGGCUUUUGACUGACAGGAUAGUAAAAACCCUUCAUUAUAUGCUCAGUGUCUCACUUGUAGAACUGGACGUGGACACUGGCACCUCUACAAAUUGUUCUGCAUAUGUCUCCAGCACCUUUCAACAGUGUUACACAGGUCUCUUCCACUCCAGCUGGAUGGCCUGUUCUGAGAUUGAUGUACGUGCUCUGGGAUAGGACUCCACUUCAGAGCCUGAACAAAAGGACUGUGUCAUUGCCAUUGUUUCAGUGUGUAGAGUGUGCUCUGUAGUGAGUGAAACUGUUCUGAGCCCCACCAGAGCCCCAUCACAGACCAGCAGGGGUUUGAACCCCAGAUGGCUCACGUGGGCCUCAGAUAGUGAUACCACUUGUCAUCAGUUUGGCCCCAAGAGUGUCACUAGCAAAAGCAAAGUUCAUCAGAGAGGAGUAGAAUUGUUGCUUCCUGGGUGUUAACCUACUGUGUGUCCAAGCUGCUAUGAUUUAGCUGUUUAGGAGACAGCCAGGAGUAGAGCCAGCUCACCAGUAAGUUAGACAAAGCUGAUUUUAUGGGAGUCAUUAGUAAAGUGCUCUUACAGACAUGGCCUGAGCAAGGGCUUAAUACUUAGUUUUGGGGAGAAGAACCUAGCCAUGUUAGGAUGCUGAAGCUCUGUAUCUGUAAUCUGAUGUCACCCAGAGGUGGCUGUCAUUGUUUCCUACCAUUCAGAUGGCCUUUAGUGUCAUAAACAUAUAUUAUUUUGAGACAUAUCUGUGAUCUUGGAACAGCCCUUUAUUCCAGUUCUAAGGGUUUAUUGGGAGCAGACCAAUGUCCUCCACCAUCACAGGCUCUGGCUCUGUGCCACUUCCCUGGAAUACCUAUGGUCUGUCACCUUGAACCCACACUCCAUACAGACGUGCUCAUCCGGGCCCAUGAGCAAUAGAGGCUCAUGCACAGGGUCUUGAGCUUGGUACUGUGCCUGGUCUCCACACCUAGAAAUUAUAGUUUAAUUGUAGCCAUCAUAAAGGAUUUUAAAAUGUUUAUAAGUGAGGCUGCUGAGGGUAUAGUUCAGUGGCAGAGUGUGAACCUAACAUGGCAAUGUCCUAUGUUUCAUCUCCAGCACAAAAAAGCAAAGCAACUCUAUCAAAGAAACUAUGUGGUAGCACACUUGUAAUCCAGCGUGUGAGAGACAUGAGGACCAUGGUUUAAAGAUGUCCUUGCUACAUUAGACUCUGUCUCAAAGACAAACCACCAGUGAUCCUAAUAGACAGCAAAGUUUGCAAGCACUGGAUUAAUGAAUGUUUCUGAACCAUAAUUUCUGCCCAGUCCUUUCUCCUUCAUUUUCAUCUUACCUGGGAUGAGUUUGGCCCAGUACCAUGAGGAAGUAGAGUCAGGAGAGAUUGGGGCCAGAAGGGAAGGCAGACUCUGGAGAGGCGUUUUAAGAGGAUCUCCAAGCUGAUACAGGUGAUGGUCCCAUGACACACAGGAGCAUGUGAAGGUAGGGUGAGGGUUUGUGGCUGUUUUGUGUUCUCCAGGAAUGAGAUCAGUGGUCUUGAUGAACUAAGGGUAAGAUGUCCUUUGUUGGGCGUUAUGUGCCCCAAGCAGUCGACUAGUAAAUUCUGUAGGCUGCUGGGCUGACACACUGGGCGUUGGAGAACAUUCUCUCCAAGAAGAUGAAACUUGGAAACAUGAGCUCAUUGGUACUUCCUAGGAGACAGUAGAUAUGAUGGAACAAUUGGACAGAAAAUUGCUCCCUGUGUGUGAGUGCAUGGGGUGGGGUGUGAUCUGAGUCAGAAACUCAUUAUCUCAGUUUCCACAAAACCCUGGAGGGUAGGAAUUAUUCUUCAUGAAUAUGAAACAAAACAAAGCAAAAAAAAAAAAAAAAAAAGACCUACAACAGGCUCAGAGAGAGGCUCAGUAAUUUGCCUAGUUUUCAAAGCUAAUAUGUAGAGGUGGCAGGGUGUAAACUCACAUCUGGCUUCUCUUAAUGCUGUCCUACUGUGUCACCGGGCCUUCACUUACAUGCCCAUCUCGAUUGAUGUGUGGCAUGAUGCAGUGUCAGCCUUCUCAGAAGUCCGGGAAGUUACAGCAGUGGUGCCUGCUCCACUGGGACAGAUGGCUGGUUGGUUAAGAGGCCAAGAGCCUGGGCUGGGUCCUGUAGGGCUAGCAUAAAGGCUGCUAACUCCUGGGAGAUAAGGCUACAAGUGGAUGAAGGUUAUUUCUUUUGGAGAAGUGGAUGAAGAGAAUUUGUGAGCAAGAAUUGUGCCCUACAUGAAUCCUGCCAGAGUGCACAUCUGCCAAAGAAAAUGAAAUUGACUCCCAAGACCAAAACACUAACUGAGGUGGUACACUGCCCACGCAGUCCUCACCCAGCCAGAAUACACUCCUUCAGAGAACAGGUCAGUACAAAUAUGAGCAUCUAGUCAGUGGAAGAGAAGGCAGCCAAAUAAAGACAGCUUUUUUAAAUCAUGA